AUGGCUCUUCGUCAGGCCCCGGCUCACCCCACGCCGCACACGGCGCACACAGCGCACGGCUUUUUGCUCCCGGAGAUUCCUCAGACUCAGAUGUGGUCCCCGUGCGGUGGCGUUUUCAUCCUGGAUGUGAUUCCUAGCUGGGGUCCUGUGGUGGCCUUCGACGAGCAGAUGUGGUACCACGGCUGGGAGUACGUUGAGGAGUGUUGGCAGCUGCUCAUGUCGGUGUGA